AUGGCUGCUCGCAGCGCCGCUCUCAAGAUCGACUGGGCCCAGGUGUCGACCUCCCUCGGCCUCCGCGGCCAGACCGCCGUUUCCCUCCAGGCUUUCAAGAAGCGCAAUGACGAGGCUCGCCGCAAGGUCCAGGUUCUGUCCGAGCAGCCCCAGACCGUUGACUUCAGCCACUACCGCGGCAUCCUGAAGAACAAGGCCAUCGUCGACGAGCUCGAGAACCACUUCAAGUCUUUCAAGCCCGCUACCUACGAUGUCAACCGCCAGCUGAAGGCCAUUGACGCCUUUGAGGCCCAGGCUGUCCAGAACGCCGAGGCUACCAAGGGUAAGGUUGAGGCCGAGCUGCAGAACUUGCAGAAGACCCUGCAGAACAUCGAGACCGCCCGUCCCUUCGAGGACCUCACUGUCGACGAGGUUGCUGCCGCCCAGCCCGAGAUCGACGAGAAGACCGCUUCCCUUGUCUCCAAGGGCAAGUGGAUGCCCCCUGGCUACAAGGAGCGCUUCGGCGAUCUGUCCGCCGUUUAAGCGUGGACUCUUGUGGCCUCAAAUCCGCAUUUUUAUUCCUCGCUCCAUCACACUACGUGAUCAUGACUUUUGGAGCCAAGAAGAUGGCUAUUCAGCCAAUGUGUGGUCAGAUACCUCCGAUAGUGUGGUGGGGUAGCUGGGAUGUGUAUAGAAACAAUACAUUAGUCGUUUCUGCGUUCAUUAA